ACACCAUCGAUGUUACCUACUGUAAGCCAAGUUUGUUUUGGAAACAAGCUUUCGAAAUGACGACUGUUUUUCAAAUAACCUUAAGACCUAUUUUAAUUUUAUACAAGUGUAUAGGCUUAAUUGAUAUUUCAUAUACUGUGGAACCGACUGGAUUUUUGGUUCAAAGUAGAACUUUAACGUUUGACGUAUUUCUAGAAAUAGCACGGAUGGUUGUUUUAUUAAUUUUCACUUAUUUAUAUGUUCAUCAGUUCAAACAAGAUUGGUUUGUACUUCAAAUAUUACAUAUAUUUAAAUUUUGGAUUAUCAUUAUCGCAGCCAGACUAUCAACGAAAUGGAUUAUCAGAUUUAUUAAUGGAAUUAUAGAGUUUGAUCGAAAAACUAUACCACUCUCAACAAACUUGGUGACCCCACAGCGUUCAUGGACAAAAAAACAUUGGAAUACGAUUUUUAUAUCAUUAUUUGGAUACUUUAUUGGAUUUAAGAUUUUAUAUUAUUAUUGUCUACCCUUUCAUCUAGAAAACAUAGUGGUAUUGACAACCCAUGCAAUAUUCACUAUACCAUUUGUAAUGGAUUAUACAGUUACGGUCUCAUCAUGUUUUUUUCUUCAAAACUUAUAUGUCAGAUUCCAGACGUUAAACGAUUUUUGGAAUUGUCUUCCUGCCGACUUAGUUACCACUUCCGGCCAAUGGACACACAUCAAAAUAGUGGAUUUGAUGGAAAAUACGCGGCUGUUACACUCCGAACUCUGUGAUUUGCUAAAAAUGUUUACUCUUGGUUACGGUCCAUUGCUUUUGGGGUUAUUCACAACCAGCUAUAUAAAUUUUAUUGUUGGUGUUUAUUUUAUUGUCAACAGUGAAGUAUUUCCUAAUUUUCAUUCAACCAAAAGUAACUGGGUACGAUUAUUACAUCUAAUAAUCCACGUACAAAUUGUCACGUUUUUGAUGUCCAUUAUCGUUUUUUCUUCAUUCAUAAAUGAGAAGAGAUUGAAGAUGAUAUCAUACCUACGGUUAUACCGAAUUUCAAAUUUACACUUGGACAAAAAACGACAAAUCAAAAUGUUUUUGAAUCAACUGUCAGUGUGCGAUUCGGACCAAAUUUCGGCAUUUGGGUUUUUUAAUAUAAAUUUGAAUCUCGUUACAUCAAUCCUCGUAUUAUUGGUUAGUGGAAUAAUCACAUUGAUACAGAUGAAGGAUCACCCAAUGAUAUUGAAAUUAAACAAUGACACUAAAUCCUUCUUGAGACAAUUAUAUUAUGUUUUGGAACAUUAUUCUUCUUUACCAGCCUACAUAACUAAUACUGAUGAAGAGGAGGAAUGUGUAAAUGAAGAAGUAAAAUCAAUAGCACCAUAUUCUUUGCCGGUACUAAUUAAUGCUGUGUGUUCGGCCUCUAUUGAUGUUCAUGUAUUGAGAACAUAUGAAUGUCGAUUCAAAAGCACAAAAUGCUAUAAUGCUGAUGUACAGUCGUCAGCAAUGAAAUAUAAUAGUACAAAUGUUUCACAACGCAAGAUAAUUGAUGAUGGCAACACUAAAUAUUUUAAAAAGGGAGAUUAUGGAUUCGUUUAUGAAAUUUCUAAAACUGUUCAACUUCCUCGUUUCUUUUGGUAA